GUUAAAGUUAGUUUAUGAAACAUGGAAAAAUAUAUAGUGUUGUUGUGUUUGUUACAUAGCUGUUAUGGUGCUAUAUAUAACUUAAAUGACACGGAGUAUAAUCGAAUGCCCGCCAAGUACAAAGGAGAUUUGUAUGACAAGUGCCACUGGGAUGAAGAUGCUGUCUACUGCUUCGCGGAGCUCAACCUGGUCUCCGACACCCCUAGUCCCCUGCUUACCAUGAUACAAGAAUACUCAGCGCACAACACAACGCAUUUUAAUUACACGAAGUUGGUACGAGGAGUGUGCCUCACACAGACAUGCAAACAUCUUUACAACGGUACAGCAGCUUCCAUUAAUGACACUGAGAUAGGAAUAGCCAUAGAGGCCUGUGUCAAUGAAGAAAUGUUCAAGGACUACGGGUUAAAGAUCAAAGUCAUCCGGCAAUUCUGCAACCAGCCGCCGAAGGACAAGCCGCUAGAUACUCUUGAUUAUGCGAUGGCCAUUGUAUGUCUUGUAAUAUUGUUGGCCAAUAUUGCUGGAACUAUUUAUGAGCCUUUCGGUGGACAUCGAAAAGAUUUUUUAUCAAGAUUCCUCGUCUGUUUCUCGAUUCGUAACAACUGGAGGAAGCUGGUGGCUCCUGUCGCUAGAGGGCAGGACCCUCGGAUGAGGAGACUCAAGAGUAUUCAUGGCAUAAGGACAAUGUCGAUCACACUAGUAAUUAUGGCCCACUCAAUCCUAGCCUGCGUCGCGUUUAUAGACAAUCCAGACUACUUUGAGAAGCUGUAUAAAAGCAAUAUGUUGAAGGUGAUCUUCAAUGGCAUGAGCAUCAUGCAGACAUUCCUCGUGAUGUCCGGCUUCCUUCUGGUCUACAACUCUUUACUGCAUGCUGAGAAGCACAAGAUAACCUUAAUGUCGUUCCCUAAAUACAUCAUUUUGAGAUGGCUAAGAUUGACUCCACCUUACGCAGUCGUAUUAGGGUUGACUAUCACCUGGAUGAGGUACCUCACUGAUGGUCCUUUGUGGCAGGAGGUGAUAGGCAAUGAAGUGAAUGACUGCAAGAAGUACUGGUGGACCAACCUGCUGUACAUAAACAACUACUUCGACGAGUCGCAGUGCAUGCAGCACACAUGGUACAUAGCAACAGACACCCAGCUGUACUGUGUCGGUGCCUUAGUCUUCGUGUUGUGCUCCACUCCUCGAUCCAGGAAGAUAGUGCUGCCACUCCUGCUUGUAGCAGGCCUCAUCAUUCCCGGGGUCAUCACUUAUAUGCUCAACUUGGAUGGAACCUUAAUUGUAUCUCCAGAGGCCAUCCACAGUCUGUUCCUAAACGAGCCUACCUUCAACUAUACAUACAGACGAGGCCACACCAACCUCGCUGGCUACACCAUCGGCCUCUCCUUCGGCUACCUCACCUACCACUGGCAGAAGAAAGGCGUGGACAUGUCCAGGUUCAGGAGAUAUCGUUUUGGGGUUCCUCUGCUAGUUUUGAUUGGAACUGGUGUUGUAUAUUCGGGCAGCAUCUUCUUCGAGGACGUUCCUCGCCACUCAAUGUACAUCAGAGUUGCUUUUGCCAGCCUUCAGAAGCCAUUAUUCGGUUUUAUAAUAGGUUUGGGGUUAGUUACAUUCAUCUUUAAAAUUGAUGACAUAGUUCGUCAUAUAGUGGAAUGGCAGGGUUGGACGGUUCCCAGCCGUAUCUCGUACAGCGCGUACCUGCAACAAAUGAUAGUUGGGUUCGUGCUGGUCUCCUUCUUAACUGCGUUACCAUUCUUCUUGAUAGUAGAAGCACCACUAGGCAACGUGACUAAAUUGUUCCUGAUGGGCUCCCCAAGAGAAAAGGAUGGCGAUAAUAAAGAAAACGUAAAAGUAGAUCAUUCUAAAAAAGCGCUAAGUGACAGUGAAAUAGUGGCCAUUGAGAAAAUUGUUCCUUUGAAGACUUUACGAGAAAUACUAAGUGAUGAGCGGACCUAUGAAAAUUCACGAGUUUGAGGAGCUUUUAGCAAAAUAUAGAAUAAGAAGUAACGUCUGUGACGUAAUACCACGUAUGGCUUUUUUAAGGGGCGAAAAUUAUCCAAUGACUUCUCCCGCCUUGUGUUAGGCGAUACCAACGUAUGGUUUGGACUUUACCUUUAUAUUUAUGCGAACAAAUUGUGAUGUUAGACAAUAAUUAGAAUUUAUUUUAAAAUAUCACGGUUGGGUUUGACACUGCCACAUAGGAAUGCGUUUGUAUAAAAAUUUACUACAACUCGUUAACUAAAUAGUUUACAUCAAAUGGAAUAAUUGUAUUUUUUUUUAAUUUUAUUUACGACAUACCAUUGUACAUAUAUAAAGUCCAUCAAAUAUUACAAAUUCCUUAAUAAUGAUUUAAGGAGCAUAAUGUUUUAUAGCUUUUAAAAUUGUUGGGUAAUUAAAAGAAAACAAAGUAUUGAGUUUUUGUUUUAUUUUUACACUUUAGUAGUGUCCGUGUCUUUGUCCGUGUCGUCGCGAGAGGGCGCGAGAGCGGCCUUAAUGAGGCCGGCCAUAGGGGCCUCCACACAGAGCCACAGGCCACACGCACACAUGUACGUUAGGAAGAUGCUCGCCGCUAAUACUAUCAUCUGUAAAAAUGUACAAGUAAUGAGCAGCAAGCAUACAAUUAUAUUGAUGCAUUCUAAUAGGACGCUAGUACAUAGUGGCGUAAGUGUCGGGGAAACAUACUUCUGUAACAUAUGGGCCAGCUCGACCGGAGUGAUACCACGGCCUCACAGAAAAUCGACGUGAAACAACGCUUGCAUUGUGUUUCGUCGUAUGAGUGAGGUUACCGGAGGCCCAUUUAAAAAAUCUCCACAAUCAGCGAAUUCCCAAUAAUCCUCAAAAUGCUGGUAACGCACUUGUAAUGCCUCUGAUGUUUCAAGUGCCUAUGGGCGACGCCGAUUGCUUACCAUCAAGUGAUCCGUCUGCGAGUGCCCAAGUUGACCAAUCUCCAAUCACCCAAAACGCCGACAAUGGAUUUGUAAAUCCUCGAUGGAGCUGGUGUCGAUUGGUGACGCUGACGCUUACCAUCAGACUCAUCAAAUGACCUGUCUGCUUGCUUACCCACUAUACUAUGAAUAGAGAUACUAUUUAGAUACAUCAAGGUCAUCGUAACGUCCAUGUUUCACUGUUCAAAUGUAAUGUAGAAGAUAUACAACAUUUGCUGAUGGAAUGUGUCCGAAACAGGAAUGAACGCAAUUUGUUUUUACAAGAAUUUAAACUUAAUAGACUGGAUGUGGGUCUGAUACAAAGUAUACUUGCACAGCCAACAAAAGCGGCUAAACGAUUGUACACAAUGAUAAAAAUUGUCCAAGAGUAAUCAGUAGUUAUUUACUUAAUGUGUUCAAUUAAUGUAAUUAAAGUACCUACAUAGAUAUAUAUACACAUAAGUACCUAAUGUGAAACUGUAAUUUAAGUCAUGUGCUCACUUUAGAAUAAGGUACGAUGGGGUUGUCAUAUCCUUAAGGGAUAAAAACCCCAAUAAUACAGUUAUUUAUAUAUAAGUAAUUAAAGAUUUAAAAAAAAUGUAAUGUAGUUAUAGUAACAAAAUAUCAGAAGUAUUGUAUAGUGUACAUACCACGUAAUAGUCAGACAUGUGUAUGAGCUGUAGUUGUGCCCCAAUGAAUCCUCUCUGGAACAGCGUGUGAAGGAGGAAGGCGCAGUACGUGACGCGGCCCAUCCACGUCCAACCACGCCACUCCAGGAGACCACGGUACGUUGCUGACACAGAAGGAUAAAUUAUAAUCUCUUAUGAAGAGUAAGUAUAUAGUUCCUAUUAGCCCAAGCUCAAAAAUGAAAUUGACCGGACCAAACUAUCACUACAUAGUUAUGGUAGAAGAUCAAAUAAUAGAAGUAAUGCAAUAAUACUAAAUACCGACUGCCUCGUUGGCCGAGUGGUCGCAAUUGCGACUGCCGGGCAAGGGGUCGCGGGUUCGAUUCCCGGGUCGGGCAAAGUAUUACUGGGUUUUAAAAAAAUCUCAAUAGUAGCACGGAGUCUGAAAUGUGCCCGGUAUAUGGCAAUAGGCUCACCCCCUAUUACAUGGGACUUAUAACAUAAAUAGUGAAAAUUGGGUUUUACAUUGUACAGUGGCAUUAAGUGCCGAAAUGUGCACCUCUGCCUACCUCUUCGGGGAUAAAAAGGCGUGAUGUUAUGUAUGUAUGUACUAAAUACCGAAUCCAAAAUAACCGAUUGAAAAAAUGUUAUCAGGUUUGCAACGUUUAGGAUUCCCAGUAGAAGCACGGAAUUUUCAAACUAGUGCAAAGUGAGGGUAAUGUUAAAAACAUUCCAUUUUUAAUGGAAUAGUCAAAAUAAAAAUUACUUACAUUCAAAUUUGAAGACGCAGGCAAGUAUGAGUAGUACUACAAGGAACUGGAACAAAGGUUUGUAGAGGGUGGCGUACAUCACUCUGAGGAGGACUGGCGCCCUCCCGCCGUCGGAGUAGAACAGACCUCCAGAGAGGAUCACUGAUAGCCCCAGCGGGAAUAACGACCACACCACAAAACGGUACUUCUGUAAAGUAAAGUGAACUUUGGAACUUUGUGAUCUGAAAUUGAGGAAGAGAAACCUCCUGCUUUAAAUGAGACAUAAAUACAGCAAUGGAGGUAUUCUGGCAUGUAUUGAUGAUGAUGAUGAUGUCACAAUCCCUAAAGUUAGGAAUUCAGAUAAGUCAUCCUACUUUCUUUUCAAUGAAGAGCGGAGCCAAGAGUAACCAGCUAGAGCUGGACUCUUCAACUACCUAAUAAAUUCCAGAUACAGUGUAUCAGACAAAAGGAAGGCUUAUUGUUGAAUAACAGAUUACCAUAGAAGCAGAACAAAAAAAAUGAAGAGCUGAAUGAAAACCUAGACAGUUUGUGACACUAGAUACUAAAAGUACACAGGUGGCCACCGUCAUCAACACCAUGUAAAAGUGUUAUAAAAGAUACUGGGUUUGCUAAAUACCAUCUUUAAAAUCUCAAUUGUGCAAAAUUUAUUACUGCACAAUCCUAGGGAGUAAGCCAUCUCCCAAUCUUUUUUUACCCGAUUUAAAGAAGGGCAUGGUUUUUCGCGCGUACUUAUAUAUAUAUGUUUAUUUAAAUUUUUUUAAGGGGGGAAUAUCAUCGAAUGGCUGCUCCCGCCUGGGUGAGGCGGGAGGGAGUGUCAGACUCUUACUGACUAAAAACCACUCCGUUCCUUUUCCUGCACGUCGAGCCGGAGCCCCGGUAACCCGUUAGGUUCUCCGCGACAUAUAUAUGGGUAUGAGUGUAUUAUGAGUAUUCAUUAUUAUAAGUACUUGUUUCUACCUUAUACUUUUCCAAGUCCUUCCCGUUCUGCCAGUGGUAGGCUAGGAAACCUCCUGCCAGCCCCAGUAUGUAGGUGGACAUGUUGGUGUGACCGCGGAUGUACAGCAGACGGAAUGUGUCAUCGGACGCGUAUAGGUUGCGGUACGAUCUGACGACAACAUUAUCAAUAGUUAAAUUGGUUUGUGUGUGCUGCCAGUGCAGAGGUUGAAUGUAACUUCCACAAGGGGGAUAAUAAUAAGUUGUUAGUUAUUAUGUUUUUCAUACGUCGUGGUGACCCGGAGGUUUAAGAUGCCCGCUUCUCAUGCAUGAGAGUGCGGGUUCGAAACCUACCAACGGCAAGUACCAAUGUGACUUUUUCCGAGUUAUAUGUACUUUCUAAGAUUAUCUAGACACCACUGACAAACGGUGAAGGAAAAACAUCGUGAGGAAACCUAGGCUUAUAAUUUCUAAUUAUAAGUCUGUAAUCGCCAACCCGCAUUAAGCAAGCGUGGUGAUUAAUGCUCAAAUCUUUUUAGUGUGAGAAGAGGCUUUGCUCAGCAGUGGGCAUUUAUAGGCUGUUGAUAAUUGAUGAUGAUGUUUGUUAAGCAAGCCAUGCUAGAAGCUCAUGGCUUGAAACUAGUCAAGUUCCUCGUCAAAUAAUUAACUACGUGUGUUAGCCGAAAAACAUAAUUAAUAAUUUAGUAUGUCUCACCAAAGUUACAAUAUGAAUAAGUUGUUCUAACAUGGGAAUCAUGAACAAACACCCUUUGCUGGACGGACAAAAUCAUAAAACAUAGGAAAUGUGCUGAACUGCUGAUAGUAAACUGUGUGCUCUAUGUCAAAUUCCUAUGAUCCUAUCAAAUUACCUCCCAAACAAUUCAUAUACGUUGCUCUUUCUUUAAAAAAUAUCACUUACUCUGGUGACUGUAUGACGACUGCGUCCAAGUCCUGGAAGUAAGUGUGCCCAGCCACUAUAGCUAGAGCUAUGACGAACCACACUGACAGUAGAAUGGCUCGCGUCUUACACUUGCGAGUUACCACACACAGGAGCAAACCUAGGCAGAACAGCUGGGUGUCUGCUGCUAGAUACCUGCGGAUCAUAGCCGAAGUCAAAGCAUUAAUUACAGAAAAAACAACAAAAAUCAUAAAACAAGUAAUUAAUCAAAAUAGAUAUAUUAUAUUGCGUCAGAGCUAUUUUUAGACGUUUAAAAAACACAAAUUCUCACAUCAUAGCCAAAAAAAAAAUUGUAUAUUAAUUUAAUUAUUAUAAAAUUUUUUUAAUGUGAACAUUGAAGUCCGCAACAACCAGUUUAUUCAGUAAAAUAUUGUUUGUUUUUAAUAACCUGUUCAAAGUAGCAACAGAACAAAAUAUACAAAAAAUCAAAUCGUAAUGUUGCGUAAGGAGGAAGGAAAAUGGCACUGAUAAUUUUAUAAUAUCUGGUAGAGGAGAAUGAAAGAAGGAAACUACCAAGUAAAAUAAGAAAAUAUGCACAAAAAGUAAGAACAAAUCUUUUGAUUCAUUCAUCUUACCAUGUCUGAGGCAAACAGAAGGCAUCGUCGUACACGUAGUUAUUGAUAUAGAGUAGCUGUGCCCACCAGUACUGGCGACACGCGUCCGCCUCGCUGGACACCACCAGGCCCCACAGCGGACCUUGGUAGGCAUGUCGCAUCCACGUCGAUACGGAGAACAUUAUCAGUGCAUACGAAGGAGUUAGGCUGAAAUUAGAUGUUGUACUUUAUUUAGACAGGCAAAUACUAUAAAUAUAAUACAGUUGCAGCGGUUUGACGAAUUUAUGGUGGUGUUGUCCCAUAAUAAAAAAGACAGAAAAGUGAAAAACUAAAAUCCUUUCUCGUUUUGGUUUCUAAAGAAUAUCACUUCUGCACAAGUUUAUGACAAAUUCAAAUCUUGUUGAAAAUAAAUCUUAUAUUGCCCUACCCUAAACUUAGAAGGACCAAGGAAAUGCACGAAAUAAUAUAAUUAACUCACCGUAACCAUCUCAAAAGGAUCCCUUUCGGCAGCUGUAUCCAACUGGGUUUGUGUUUCUCAGAGUACAACUGGAAGUUGUAGGCAAGGAGGAAGCUGGACAUCACGAAGAAGGUGUGAGUCACCAAGCUGCCGUUGAAAAGGAUCUGUUUUAGAGGAUCCUCAUACGACUGAAA